CCCUUUCCAUUCCCUCCCUCCCUCCCUUUCCAUUCCCUCCCCAACCCUCCCCGCCAUUUUAUAUACCAACAAACAGAAUCGCCUCCUACAAUCAUCAUCUUCUUCUUCCUCGGUGGGGUUGGGCGGCGCUCCAUGAUGGUGGUGGAGCCAUGAGUUGCCCAUGCCGCUCACUCUUCCGGACCACACCGCUGCCGCUUGCUGCGACCUUCUGUGCAGCGAGGACGCCAGCCAGCUCGCCGAGGGCACGCUGUGUGAGGGCGGCGCCGUGGACGCUGCUUCGCCUCCGGUAGAGUUCCCCGACGACUCGGACGAGUCCAUCGCCGGGUUCAUCGAGUGCGCCGCUGACUACUCGCCCGGCCGCGACUACCCUGACCGAUUCCGGUCUAACUCGCUCGACUCGGUCGCGCGCGAAGAAGCCGUCGCCUGGAUCCUCAGGGUGCAGGCAUACUACUGCUUCCGUCCGCUGACGGCGUAUCUUGCCGUAAACUACAUGGAUCGUGUCCUCUCUUCUCAUCGUUUACCGCAAAAUGAAUGGGCAUUGCAACUUUUAUCUGUGGCAUGCCUCUCUCUGGCUGCCAAGAUGGAUGAAACAAUUCUUCCAUCUCUGUUAGACUUGCAGGUUGAGCGCGCUAAGUUUAUUUUUGAGCCUCGAACAAUUAUCAGAAUGGAGCUUCUUGUGCUGACUGCAUUGAAUUGGAGGCUCCGAUCCGUCACACCUUUCACUUUCAUUAGCUUCUUUGCUCACAAGAUCGACUCAGUAGGAAAAUAUGCACAAUAUUUGGUUGCGCUGGCCACUGAAAUUACACUUGCAACUAUGAAAGAUGUAAGGUUCCUGAGUCACUGCCCAUCAUCACUUGCAGCUGCAGCCAUAAUCCGCUCAACUGAUGAGAUUGUGGGUCUGGAUUCUAUUAACCCUGAAGCUGCAGCUUCUUGGUGCGCUGGAUUGACAGAGGAGGGGAUUGCCAAUUGCUAUCAGUCAAUGGAGAAUGUUAUCACCAAUAUCUCAAAGAGACCUUCUAUGAUACUUUCAAACCUUAGAGUAGCCACUUCAAUUGACAUGGGACAAAGGAUCCCUUCCUCUUCUUCUUCACCUAACACAAGAAGGAAACUGAACAACAAUUGCUCAUCAGUGGAUAGUGGGAAGGAGGGCUUAUAGAAACCAUAUAUAUUUAUAUAUACUGCCCCUUUUUUGGUUAAGGCUUUAGGAAGUAAGACCAGAUGCUUCUUUGGGAGUUGCAGAUUCCUCAUCAUUUUUCAAAGUGAGGGGAUGUUAGCCAAGUGAUUAGGAUACUGGUCUGCAACAAUGUGCCUAAUCAGCAGCUAGAGUGGGAGGACAUUUUUUUUUU